CCAUGAUGAGAGGAACUGAUCUUGCUGCUGCUCCGUAUAGUACUCAGAAAUCAUCUGUUCUACCUCUUUAUGAAAAUACUUUUCAGGAGCUCCAAGUAAUGAGGCGGAGCCUGAAUUUGUUCAGAACACAAAUGAUGGAUUUAGAAUUGGCUAUGCUGCGUCAGCAAACCAUGGUUUAUCAUCAUAUGACUGAGGAGGAAAGGUAUGAAGUUGACCAGCUCCAGAGUUUGAGAAAUUCAGUCCGAAUGGAACUCCAGGACCUGGAACUGCAGCUGGAGGAACGCCUGCUGGGACUGGAGGAGCAGCUUCGUGCUGGGCGGGGGUCUUCACCCUUCCGCUCCUCAGCACUGGUGGGAAUGUAUGGCAGUAGAAGUGCUGAUAACUUGUCAUGCCCUUCUCCGUUGAAUGUAAUGGAACCAGUUACUGAACUGAUGCAGGAACAGUCUUACCUGAAGUCUCAACUGGGCCUGGGAUUUGGAGAAAUGGGAUUUGAAAUUCCUCCUGGAGAAAGCUCAGAAUCUGUUUUCUCCCAGGCAACAUCAGAGUCAUCCUCUGUAUGUUCUGGUCCUUCUCAUGCUAAUAGGAGAACUGGAGUACCUUCUAGUGACUCAGUGGGCAAACCCAAAACCAAGUUCGUGGCAAGUAAGAAAGUAUUCCGAGCAUCAGUGGCCCUAACGCAAACUGCUCCUUCUAGAACAGGCUCUGUGCAGACAACUCUGAAUUUGGAAAGUUCUGAGGAAGUUGGAGCAGUGGAAGAAGCCUCAGAGGUUGUAGGACCUAAAUCUGAGGUGGAAGAAGGGCGUGGACAACUCCCAUCGAUGCCAGCUGCUGAGGAAAUGCAUAAAAAUGUGGAGCAAGAUGAGUUGCAGCAAGUCAUACGGGAGAUUAAAGAGUCAAUUGUUGGGGAAAUCAGACGGGAAAUUGUAAGUGGACUUUUGGCUGCAGUAUCUUCAAGUAAAGCAUCUAAUUCUAAGCAAGAUAGUCAUUAAAUGGAAAUU